AUGGAGGAAGAGUUGAUCUCCGCCGUGCCGUGCUCUUCACUCACCAUCGAGUCAGUUAUUCGCGUCGCGACGGCCGGUGGAUUAUAUGGGUUUUGCGCCGGACCUCGUGACGCUCGUAGAAUUGGUUUAACCGGCGUGUCUCAGGCUUCGCAUGUGGCAAAAUCCAUUGGUAAAUUCGGAUUCCAGUGCGGUCUUGUGAGUGGUGUUUUCACUAUGACCCAUUGUGCCGUUCAGCGAUAUCGAGGCAAGAAUGAUUGGGUUAAUGCUAUGGUUGGAGGAGCUGUAGCUGGGGCAGCGGUUGCUAUUCGGACAAGAAAAUGGACUCAUGUUAUUGCAACAGCUGGGCUCGUGUCUGUGUUUAGUGUUUUGGCUAAUUCAACCAGGACAGAUCUGAAACAAGACUAA